AUGGAUGACAGAAGCAUCCGUAAGCGCAAGCUUACCGACGACGCUACUGGGCUGUCGGUUCAGUCUGUCACGCCCACACCAGCAACAACUCUGAGCGGCUCAGGGCACGGCGUCGGUACUCCUUCCUCCAAAAGGAAGCAGCUUGCAGGAACCGACAGUAACAGAGUCCCAGCCCUUCCCAAUAACACCGCCAAGGAGGAGUCAGAACCCAUGUCGACCGCUGAGGAGAUACUUCAUAACUUUCAAAAGGAGGCAAUAUGGCGGCAGAUGCAGGAAUACAAGCGGGAGUACUCGCGAGCACAGGAACAAAUCGCGCAACUGAACGAGAAGCAGAUCGACUACGAAGCUCAUCUGAGUACGGUUGACCUCUACUGGAACAAGUUGCUGCAAGAUCUGAAGAUGAUCAUGUCAAGAGUGAACAUUGACUUUAAUUUCAAGGAUCUCGUGCUGCAUGAUGGCACCAGUUUCGCGUCAUUCCUCUUGAACGGACCUGGCGAUGACACGCAGCAUCGCGAGAUCAAGGAUCUGACUUUGGAAUCUCUCAGACCAGCAGUCGAGGCUCGCGCAGAGUACACCAAGGAAAUUGUACUCACGUUAAUACAACUUAUCGAUAACUGGUCGGCCCAACGCGACUCUUUCUGGACAUCACUCAAGGACAAAGAUCCCGCAGCAAAGGAAAGCGCCAUUGUCCAGACACUCACCGCAGAACACAACAAGAUCACAGCUCUGUACAGGAAGGGUCAGGCCAACGUCGAUCACCUCCAAGCCCAGUGCCACGGAUUCACCGACCAGGUCCUCAGGUUGAAGAGCGAGCUGGAGAUGGCGAAGAAGCGACUGGAGACCGCGAACGAGAGUUUGGACGAGUCCACGGACAAAAUACGUCGGAUUGAAAUGAACGUAGAUCGGGAGAAGAGCGCCAUUGUUGCGGCCGUUACUUCGGGCGAGAUCUUUGGUGAAAACUACUCGGGAUCGCCGGAUGCUGCCACCCCAUCUGCUGGCCCUAUGGAUUCCAAGGCCGAGGUUCACGACGCGUCUCGGGACGAGCUGCUUCAGUAUCGCGAUAUGGCAGUAAAUCGACUGGCAGAACUUGUAGAUUUGAAGGCACAGAGGAUUCAGCUGAAGACUGAGUUGGACCAGCUCAAGCUCCAGCUUAACCACAUCCCCGACGAGCGUGUCCAAGACUCGCAACUCGUCAAGUCCAUCCUCACACAGAUGCAGUACGCAAGGAACGAUGCUGAGCAUUACCGAAACGAGGCAAUGAAGCUGAAGACCGACUUGGAGGAUCUUCACCUCAGUCGGCGCAAAUUCAUGGAGAGUCUUGAGAGCGAGGAAAAAUCACGUCGGGAGGCCUUGGAGGAGGAGCUGAAGAAGUUGGAAGGCGAUAUUUCUCGGUUGCGGGAUAGCCGAGAUCGAUUUCAACAAAUGUACGAGGCAAGAUGCACCAAGGACGACUAUGAGAUGCAACAAAACCAAGAGAUCCGAAAAAUUGCCAACACCCGAAAGGACCGUAUUACUACACUUGCGACGGAUAUCCAGCGACUCCAGAUCAUGCUGGCGGCCAAUACAGGCGAUAAGGAUGCAUUCGGAUUUUAUCUCACCGGAUCGCACGACAAACCUUUCCUCGAUGACCUGAAGAACAAGCUGAAGGCCGCUGAGGAACACAUUCGGGGACUUUCCAUGGAGCUAGAAGCCAGCAAAGAGGCAGCAUCACAGCUGCAGGAGAUCGAGGGUGUUAUACUGUCGGAGAAGCGACUGAGGGCACAAGUUGAGAAGCUCACGACGAAGCUGAACAGUUUAGAGCGAUUGGUGGGAUCUGGUGCAGAUGACCCAGUCAAAGCACUUACGGCGACGAUCAAGUCGAAGGAGGAAGCGAUCCAGGUUCUCGAGAUGAAGGUUCAAGCGCACGAGACUGUGCAGGCUCCCUUGUUGAACGAGCUCCAUACUGUUGCAACUGCCUGGGGUCAGCUUGAGGAGGCUACUUCACGCAAGGUGAUUGAGCUGGCCCAGAAGGAAGACAUGAUCAUCAAGUUACUCUCGGACAAGAACCGUCAGGAGUCCAAGUGCAACCUUUUGAUCCGCGCUAAGGAUGCGAGUGCCAACAUGACUGCCGUCAUGAAGAGACAGUCGGACAUGCAAUUGGAUCAGAUUCGCAAGCUGGAGGACCGGGAAAAGAAUCUGAACAUUCAACUGGCAACUUUGGAAAGGGAGCAGUCGCUUCUGAGCAGCAGCGUGGCGAUUCACAAGAGCAAGCUUGUGGAGUACACCCAACAGAACGCAAGCUUCAAGGACAAGUACGCGCGCCAGGAGGAGCGGCUGGCUGAGCUUCAGGCUAUGCUCAAGGAGCGUACAGAGGCCUAUGAGAACGAGGCCCAUACCCGUCGACGACUUCUGGAGGAGACGGAUGGAAUGAAGCGGAAGUUGGAUGAGCAGGCCAAGGCAGAGGCAAGCUCAGGCGAGAGCUCGGAGGCAGCCAAGCAGGCUGCGCGGUACCUCAAGCUGCUCAAAUGUCCUGCGUGCGACGUCAACUUCAAGUCGCAUGUGAUCCUGCGGUGCAUGCAUGUGUUUUGUAAGAACUGCAUGGAUAACCAGAUGGAGUACCGCCAACGCAAGUGCCCUACCUGUCGCGAGAACUUUGGAGCCAAGGACGUUAAGGAGAUCUACCUUUAA